GGGGCGGGGCGGGGCCUGUGGGAGGCCGGGCCGGCCGGGCCUUGUCCAGUCCCGAAGGGCGGACGGCUCGCCCCGCCCGCCCUGGUUCAAGUGCAGCCGCAGGCCGAGCCGCAAGCCGCGUCCCGCAGUAGGAAGGCGCGCACGGAGCAUGUGGAAGCUGAGCCGGGGCCGGGUGCUGCUGGACGAGCCCCCCGAGGAGGAGGACGGGCCGCAGGGGGCGGCGCAGCCAGGGACCGCGGACGCCCCGGCGCCGGUUCAGGGAACAAGUUUCCGAGGUUGGAAAGAUGUGACUUCUCUGUUUAAUAAAGAUGAUGAACAGCAUCUGCUUGAAAGAUGUAAAUCUCCCAAGUCCAAAGGAACUAAUUUACGAUUAAAAGAAGAGUUGAAGUCAGAGAAGAAAUCUGGAUUUUGGGAUAAUUUGGUUUUAAAACAGAACACACAGUCGAAGAAACCAGAUGAAAUUGAAGGUUGGGAGCCUCCAAAACUUGCUUUUGAAGAGAUGGCAGCUGAUACAGGGGACACGUCAAGUGAAUGCCAGCGCUGGUCAGGCUGGGAGGCUGAUGCAAAGGGUUCCAGCAAAUACACCAGCCUGUCUAGCUCAGCAUUCAGUUCCCGCUGGAGCCUGCGGUCAGCAGGGAAGCUGGUCAGCAUUCGGCGGCCGAACAAGGGUCACCUGACGGACACCCAAGAGGACGUGGAGUGAGCAGGGCAAGCCAUGGUGCCAAGUGUAUGCAGACCUUGUGCCGCUGCAUAAGCUUUGGGGUUUUCCAGGCCUGGUGCCCUCUUCUUCAUCUAUUUCAGUUGUCAAAGCCUCCAGCAUUACAGUAGGAACCCACCGCCUGCAUUUCCCAUCUGAUGCCCUGAUGCACUGUGGCUCCCGGGUGAACACAUGCAGGUCUGCAUUUGGUUGCCUUAAGUGGAAUGUAUACCCCUUGCAGUCCAUGUUUGCUGAACCUGGACAUGCGAAUUUUUAUGUCAUACCACAAUGACUUGCAGCUGGUCACAAAGUAUUUUUGUGCUACCUUCAGCUGCAAUUCUGUUUUGUGACCUCUGCAUUCUCCCCUGUAUCCAACACAUGGCCAUCUGUGAUGCCCUCGGCAGGUGUACUGUCCUCUUCUGCCAGUAGGAGCUUAUAGCCCCACAGGCAGGAUAAGUCUUUGAGGGUUAUGCUAAAUUCUGUUUAACUUACAAGUUAAACUUUAUCUUAAUAAAAUUUUUAAAAAUUAAAUUUUUAAAAACAAAUUAAAUACUGGGAAAGCAAAGUGAAAUGGCACCCCACCUCAGAUGCGUGUCCGCCAUUGCUGAUAGAGGAACAACCUCCAGGCUGCACUUGAUGGUAACCUUACUUCUGGAUUUUAUUAUUUCGCCUGAACUUCUAAAUACUCAUCUUUAUUUCCUUCAGAAAUUUGCAUUUUUAGUUCAAAGAUUAAAGAAAUAUUAUAAAGUGAAGAUGGAUUUUAGUCGCUUGAUAAUUCUAGUUGGAAAAUGUUAACUGUUUGAGUAUAGAGUUAAAACUAUACACUGAAGUGCCUCUUUUCUAUUAUUCCUAGGUGUUCAGUUUUUUGAAAUGAGAUACUUAUUGUGAUUCAGGUGAGAUCUACAGGAAAUGUUUUCCCCAAAGAUAUUUUGGGGGUGAUUGGACAGAAUCAUGCUCUGCUUGUCUCUGUAGACCUGCUGCUGUCUCCAAUAUGACCUAUGUGUCAGGGGCACUGGUUAUGUCUAGAAGGAUGGCUGUUAGCAGCAGGUGUGCAGAUAUCUUAGAAAAAGUGGUUUGAUAGAAGAACUAUAUUUUUACUUUGUUAAAACAAAAGCCUCCAAUUAUAUUGUAUAUUCCUCUCCUGGGGAAAACAAAACAACAAAUCCUUGAGCAUUUCUAUGCUGUUUUAUUUACCUGUAUGUUUUGUCUAAUGCUCCAAUAGGAUAACUGAAUGAACCUGAUGGCUGAGCACAGUGUAGUAUGUCAGAGUGUUUGUUUUACUUGAUCAGUUUGUCCAUCCUAUAGCUGGCUGUCCAUCUGUUCAUCCACCAGUACACUCACCCAUCCAUCCAUCCAUGUCCACCCACCCAUCAUGCCAGCCAUCUAUCCACCUUUUAAGAUAAAAAAGUUUACUUACCAAGCCUUGAAAGGAGUAUUCAAAUAAAAAUUAAUCUUGAAACUGUGAGCAUUUUGUUUAACACCACAGAGGAAAGUUUAUGAUUUUUGGUAUAAUAAUUGGGAAAUCAUAAGUAUCCUAAGGUACAUAGUUGGAUGCAUGGCUGUGACCUGCCAUCUCCACAGAGAAAUACUUCUGGGGUGGUACAGAUGUGCAGCCUGCUGGGACCCAUGCAAGUAUUUUGUAACAGUAGCUAGUGUGGGCUUGUUUUCAGGUGCACAGGGAUGUAAAUGCUGUGCUUGAGACUUGUGCAUCAUCUGGCUGGCUGCCUUCACUGUGCCUCUGAUGGAAUGUUAAGUGUCUGCAGUGCCUCACUGACAUUUUGGUGCACUUGCCAGGGGCCUCCAUGUCAUUCUUCCUCUAAAGGUGAAGACUGAGCCAGACUGGGAUUAGCAUAUGCACUGUGAAUUUAUCUACAAAGAUUAAUGAAAAAAUGACUUUUUUCUUCUGUUGUAUCUGGUUUUUAGUAUAAAUGUUUAUUGGUGGGCUCUGGGGGGAAAUGCCUUUUCUUGAAAGGGCUUACCAAAGCCCUCACUGUGUUAUACAGUGAGCAGACUGGGCCAGCAAGCAGAUGGGGCUGUGAUUCUGGGCAAGAUGGCCCUAGGUGUCUAUGACUGUCUUCAGGGAAGCAAGUUUCCACCUUAAUGCUGAGGUUUUUAAAAAUAAAAGUAAUAUUUUUGUCUUCA